AUGCCAUACGAGGAAGAGCUGGCGCCACCUCUGAUGGUAAAAGAGGUGGUACGGGAUAGCGAGCCAUCCAAGUGCACGAUUAUACUUGGAUGUGACUCAAACGCUCAUCACACAGUCUGGGGCAGCACAGAUGUCAACGACAGAGGUGAGUGUCUCUUCAAUUACCUACUAGGCACAAAGCUAAAUUCGGUCCACAAUAUUGCCUUCGCCACAAGAGAGGAAAGGGCAAGGGACGAGGUGGACAGGAAUGAAGGAAUAAGCAUCAACACGGAUGGAUCAAAACUAGAUAAACAGGUGGGAGGUGGUGUCUUCUCUGCAACUUUAGUCACCAAAAUAGCCUUCCGCUUACUAGACCACUGCAUUGUUUUCCAGGCGGAGAUCACAGCAAUAAAAGAAAACCUUGUUGUAUUGACAAAAAGUGUGCUCACAGCAAGGAUCAUAUAUAUUUAUACAGAUAGCUAAGCUUCCUCGAAAUCACUCAAGUCUCCUAUGGUUUCAUCAAAGAUAGUGAAAGAAUGUCUUGAUCUAUUAGAGGAUCUAACAUCCUAUUUCACGAUAAACCUGCAAUGGGUUCCAGGGCAUAGUGAUAUCCCUGGUAACUGCGAAGCAGAUGAACUAGCCAAAACAGGUACCACUCUACAAUUAACCCCUGAAAAAGAGGGUAUUUUUAUGCCUUUGGCAACUUGCAAACACUUAAUCAGCGAACAUCCUGUAAAUCUAGCUGAGUCUCGGUGGAGA